AAUCGUUAAUGUGAUCCUUUAUAUAAACCCCUCUCUACAUGCAAAACCAGUCACACCAAUAUAUUCCCAUCUCAAUCUAAGUCAAAUUAGCAACAAAUUAACAAACAUGGCAAAGGUAGCCUCCAUUGAUGUGAUCCUAACAAUCUGGUGCUUGCUUAUGUCCACGUUAAACGUGUACGCCAGAAAGGAAGGCACAGACUUCUGCCGCCGAUUCUACCUCGGCACACAGGAGGUGGUGAAUUUCCGCGUUUUCGUCCAAGAUCUCGGAGUGAACGCCGUCAACACCACCACAUACGACGUGGCACAGGCCUCCAUCAGCGCCACCUCGCCGACCGGCUUCGGCAAAGUCCGCGUCAUCGACGACCUGGUUACGGCCGGGCCGGACAGCAACUCGGAGGCGCUCGGCCGCCUCCAGGGGCUCCUCACGAGGGCCGACCUCACGACGCUGGCCAUCGCGGUCAACCUCAACUUCUACUUCUCAGCGGGACCGUAUGCGGGCAGCACGCUCAGCAUUCUCGGCCGGAACCAAUUUGCCCUCGCCGAGCGGGAGCUCGUGGUCGCCGGCGGCACCGGCGUCUUCCGAUUUGCUCGUGGUUACGCAAUUCAAAAGACUAAUGCUACUGGAACAAACCGAUCGGUGUUGGACUACGACAUCUACACUACCACCUACACAGCUACAACAAUUAAUCAAAUUUGAUGAAAUGCGAGGGAAUUAGUUAUGAAGUUGACUUAGAUAAAUUGUGGAAUAAAUUGUAUUUUAUAUCUUUGUUACAUUUUCAUGUUAGUGUUUAAGGCUUCAUUUCUUUGUUACCUUUUUACCUUUUUUGUAAUGCUAUUGUUGAUUUUUUCUUCAAAAAAAAUAUUUCAAUUUACAUAACACGUCAGAAAUAAGGAGCACAUACUGAGGAAAAUGAAAAGUUUAAAUUAAAUCAAGAUGGG